AUGUGGUCUGUUUGGAUUUCCAUCAUUACCUUGCUUUUAUUGGUUGCCACCCAUUGGCUUUAUAGGUGGAGGAACCCUAAAUGUAAAGGAAAAUUACCUCCAGGAUUUAUGGGCUUCCCACUCAUUGGGGAGACACUUGAUUUCAUGGUCUCAACCAAGUCAUUAGACACGCCGACUUUUAUCAAGAAAAGGAUGAAAAAAUAUGGGCCAAUAUUUCGGACAAGCCUGGCAGGGCGGCCAGUUGUGGUAUCAUCGGAUCCAGAAUUCAACUAUUAUGUUUUCCAACAAGAAGGAAAACUAGUGGAACGGUGGUAUAUGGACUCCUUUGCAAAGCUUCUUAACCAAGACGCAACAAAAAUUCAUGCUCAUAAAAACAUUCAUAAGUACAUUCGAAACUUAAUCUUGGGUCAUUUUGGUAUUGAGGCUCUCAAGGACAACAUGCUGCCUAAGUUAGAGGAUGUUAUUAAUCAUAGGUUGCAGGAUUGGUCUAAGCUGCCAAGUUUGGAAGUGAAGAAAAGUACUGCAGCUAUGAUCUUUGAUUUUACAGCCGCGCAGUUGUUCAGCUAUGAUGCGGAGAAAUCAGGUGAAAAUAUUGGUGAAUCUUUAACCAACUUUUUGCAAGGACUUGUUGCAUUCCCCAUUAACAUCCCUGGUACAGCUUACCAUACAUGUCGACAGAUCCAGAAGAAGGCAAUAAACGUAAUAACUAACACGCUGGAAGAGAGAAAGCGUAAUCCUGACAUUCGUAAAGGAGAUUUUCUUGAUCUGUUGUUGGCAGACAUGAAAACGGAGACCUUUUUGACCGAAAAAUUCAUUAUCCGUAUGAUGUUUGGGCUUCUCCUUGCCAGCUUUGAGACAAUAUCAGCAACUCUUACGUUGGCCAUUAAGUUAAUUUCCGACCACCCUGAAGUCUUGCAACAACUAACGGAGGAGCAUGAAGCAAUUCUUAAUAGCAGAGGAGAUGCCAGUUCUGGACUCACAUGGAAGGAAUACAAAUCAAUGACCUUUACCCAUCAUGUUAUCAAUGAGUCACUAAGACUGGCCAGUGUUGCUCCUGGGAUUCUGAGAAGAACAAUUCAAGACAUUCAAGUAAAUGGGUAUACAAUUCCAAAAGGCUGGGUACUUAUGGUUGUUCCUUCUGCCAUUCAACUUAAUCCAAACGCUUAUGAGGAUCCUCUUGCCUUCAAUCCACGGCGCUGGCAGGACAUCUCAGCAAACGUCACAGCAAAGAAUUUCAUACCAUUUGGAGCAGGCAUGAAAUCGUGUGUAGGAGCAGAGUUCAGCAAGGUUUUAAUGGGUGUUUUUCUUCAUGCUAUUGUCACCAAAUACAGGUGGACUGCAAUCAAGGGAGGAGAGGUGACUCGGUCUCCUGUUUUAGGGUUUGGAGAUGGUUUUUUCAUUCGGGUUUCAACAAAGUAUGGAUGAAAGCCGCCAGAUCUUCAAGAAUAAGAUCGCACGCAUAGCAAGACGGUCAUGCAUAUUAUUUAUAUUCCUCCCACAUAAAAUGAAAAUUAUCCAUCCCUAUUAAGCAAAUUAUCGACCACGCGUGCGCGUGUUCCAUAAUAUAUACUAGCUAGCUAUACGUUAAUAAAAUUGACUGUCGUGGCCAUGCACUUUUUUGUUUGCAUACCCAUCUUUAUUCCCUAGGAUUCCAUCUCCCCGUGCUUUCUGGCUCUUGUUUCUG